CGUCAUUUUGAGAGUUUAGUAUAAAAGAGUGAGUAAAGGAACCAGAGAGACCAAACUUGCCUCUCCACCACCACUUUCCGAAUCUGGAUUUGGAUUUGGAUCUCAUUUCGAUUCGACAAUGAAGGUGGUUGAUAAGAUCAAAUCCGUGACGGAGCAAGGCCAAACAGCUUUCUCCUUCGAGUUUUUCCCACCCAAGACGGAGGAUGGCGUCGAGAAUCUCUUUGAACGAAUGGAUCGAUUGGUCUCUUAUGGACCUACCUUCUGCGAUAUCACUUGGGGUGCCGGAGGAUCCACCGCCGAUCUCACUCUCGAGAUCGCUUCUAGGAUGCAGAAUGUUAUCUGCGUCGAGACUAUGAUGCAUCUCACUUGUACCAACAUGCCGAUUGAGAAGAUUGACCACGCGCUUGAGACGAUUAGAUCUAAUGGAAUUCAAAAUGUGCUUGCGCUUAGAGGAGAUCCGCCUCAUGGACAAGAUAAAUUUGUUCAGGUCGAAGGAGGAUUUGCUUGUGCUUUGGAUCUGGUGAAUCACAUUCGAAGCAAGUAUGGUGAUUACUUUGGAAUCACUGUUGCUGGUUAUCCUGAGGCUCAUCCGGAUGUUAUUGAAGCUAAUGGACUUGCUACUCCUGAAUCUUAUCAGAGUGAUCUUGCUUACCUGAAGAAAAAGGUUGAUGCUGGAGCAGAUUUGAUUGUGACUCAGCUUUUCUAUGAUACUGAUAUAUUCCUCAAAUUUGUGAAUGAUUGUCGGCAAAUCGGGAUUAAUUGUCCCAUUGUCCCUGGAAUUAUGCCCAUUUCCAACUACAAGGGCUUCUUGCGUAUGGCUGGUUUCUGCAAGACCAAGAUACCUGCUGAGCUCACUGCUGCCUUAGAGCCUAUUAAGGAUAAUGACGAGGCUGUCAAAGCCUAUGGUAUUCACUUUGCAACAGAAAUGUGCAAAAAGAUUUUGGCCCAUGGAAUCACUACCCUUCAUCUCUACACAUUGAACGUGGACAAAUCAGCUAUUGGGAUAUUAAUGAACCUUGGUUUGAUUGAUGAGUCAAAAAUUUCUCGUUCUCUACCUUGGAGACGCCCUGCAAAUGUUUUCCGUACUAAGGAAGAUGUUCGCCCAAUUUUCUGGGCAAAUCGUCCAAAGAGCUAUAUAUCUAGAACAAAGGGCUGGAAUGACUUCCCACAUGGACGUUGGGGUGAUACACGCAGUGCAUCAUACAGUACACUUUCAGAUUAUCAGUUCACACGCCCAAAAGCACGUGACAAAAAGCUUCAGCAAGAAUGGGUUGUCCCGUUGAAAAGCAUUGAAGAUGUUCAAGAGAAAUUCAAAGAGCUCUGCAUUGGAAACUUAAAAAGCAGUCCAUGGUCUGAAUUAGAUGGACUCCAGCCAGAGACAAAGAUCAUAAACGAGCAACUCGGGAAAAUCAACUCCAACGGUUUCCUGACCAUCAAUAGCCAACCAUCAGUCAAUGCAGCCAAAUCCGAUUCCCCAGCUAUUGGAUGGGGUGGUCCUGGUGGUUAUGUCUACCAGAAAGCUUAUCUGGAGUUCUUCUGUUCAAAGGAUAAGUUAGACACACUUGUGGAGAAAUCCAAAGCUUUUCCUCUUAUUACCUACAUGGCCGUGAACAAAGCAGAGAAUUGGGUAUCAAACACCGAUGAGUCCGAUGUGAAUGCAGUAACUUGGGGAGUGUUCCCAGCUAAGGAGGUUAUUCAACCGACGAUCGUGGAUCCAGCCAGUUUCAAAGUCUGGAAAGACGAAGCGUUUGAGAUUUGGUCAAGAAGCUGGGCUAAAUUGUACCCAGAAGAUGACCCUUCUAGAAAGUUGCUCGAGGAGGUGAAGAACGGCUACUAUUUGGUAAGCUUAGUGGACAACGAUUACAUCAAUGGUGAUAUCUUUGCUGUCUUUGCUUGAUGUCCGAGAAAACCAACGGCAAAGAGAAAACAUUCGAUUUCGCGAUUUGUUUUGUACCUUUUAAAGUUAUUUUUGAUUCGUAAUAACCUUAUUUUGAUGAAUCAACAAAAACAUCAGUUUGAUUGCAAUGAAAAAAAUGGCCUUGGCGGUCUGUUCUU